GCUGUCGCUCUCGUUUUUAUUGGAAUGUUUCGAGUGCAGAAAACUUUGCUCGCCGAAUACGAGGAGAUCUAUGAGCCGGUGUUGGUGGAGAACCCAUUCACCCUGGUGGACACACGCGGCAUAGGUCUGCGCCAGUACCACGUGGCACUCACCCCCAGCCGCAUAAUCUUUGGCUGCGACAACUUCUACAAGCACGGACAGCGCGACAACGUGGCCAGCUGCUAUGGGAACUGUCUCGACCCGGAGAUCGAGUGCUUCGAGCUGGUCAGCCUCAUUCCGCUGCAGUUGAUCCGCUUCAACUUCUAUCGCCACCUCGAUCGCUGCCUCAUGAUGGUGAGUGUCAGCCAUCAGCUACAGCUGACAGCCCCGCUGUCGCAGGAGCGUCCAAUGAUCUUGGAGUUCGGGGGACACGUCUUCCAGACAUACUUCUGGCGCACCUGGCGCGAGCGUGUGUCCACCAUUCGACUAAUGCAGCCGCUCUACAGCCAAAUCACUGGCCACUCGCCCUUCUCCAGCACGGACGUCAUGGUGGACGACGAGGAGACCGCUGCGCUGGUUCACAAAGCGCCCCGGACACCGUCCGUCAUAAGCAGGUGCCAGGCCGGGUGCUGACCAAAGUCAUAAGAGGCUUUCGCAAAUCCCUCGCAAACAUUCCGUGACUCAGUCACUUUCCAGACUCAACCGUAUGUUCAUUCCGUUUGUCGAU